CGGAGUCAGCCUGCCUGCCGCCGCCGGAGCCUGGCAGGCACCCUGCUUUCCUGCACUCCUCCCGCACACGCUCCCAUCGUUUCCCCCUCCAGGCUGCACCGCCCCGGCUCCGAGUCAUCCCCGUCCCUGCGGCGGGGCCCGGGGCACAGCCGUCCCUCCGAGACCAGCACCAUGUGAGCAGAAGCCGAGCCACCGCCGGCACGUCCGGGAUGUAAAGAGGCGUCCGGCUGCUCGCACUCCGUCGCUGCCCUACCGCCCGCACCCUGUCGCUGCCGGAGACCCGCCGGCGUCCAUCGCUGCCCCGGGCCAGCAUGACCGAGGUGAACGCCAAGGAGCCCAGGGCGCCUCCGCCUACCACAGACGGGGCGGUCCUGCUGCAGGGUCAGCCCGGCCGAGAUCCCUUCCGCGAGGGAGCGGAGUCCAUCGACAUCUCCCUGGACGGGCUGCUUUACCCCAAGAGCAGCGACGAAGAGGAGGACGAAGAGGAGGACGAGGAAGGGGAGGAGGAGGAAGAGGAGGAGGAAGAGCCGCAGCAGCAGCAUCUGGGGCAGGAGGACGGCCGGGACUCCCUCUCCUACCAGCCAGGGAGCGGCUCCCUCUCGGUCAGGGACUCCCUGGACACCGUCCUGGACUCCUUCCUGGCGCCCGCGGCUCAUGCCAGCUCCGCCGUGGCCGCGGCGCCCUGGUCCUUUUUCGAGGCGGAGGAGGCGCCCGACGGCGCCAUGAGCAGCGGCUCCUCGCAGAAGGCGGCCGAAGCCGCCCCGGGGGUGCCGGGUCCCUCGCAGCCCCCGACGCGGCCCGCCGCGCUCUGGCCGCCCGGCGACGCCCCGGUCCCCGCCGCCAAGGCGCGGCCGGCGGGGCCCGGGGCCGGCGCGGAGGGUCCCGCCGCGGCGCCCAAGGACGAUGCCGUCGGUGUGGGGGCUCUGCCCGGCGGGUCCCGGGCGGGGGACCCGGGGCAGGAAUACCUGCACGUGCCUCUGCUGCCGCUCAACUCGGCCUUCCUGGCCUCCCGCACGCGGCAGCUGCUGGACGGGGCGGAGUACGAGGGCGGCGCGGUGCCGCGCUGCUCGCCCCCCGCCCCGUACCUGCCGGCCUACGGCUUCCCCGACGCCAAGGACGGGCCCUUCGCCUACGGCGACGUCCAGCCCGUGAUGAAGAUCAAGGAGGAGGGUCUCGGCCUCGCCGCCCGCUACCCGGGCGGCCGGGCCAGCCCCGCGGCGGGCUGCCACGACUACCCGCAGGCUCCGCGGGCCGGGCAGGAGCCCUCGCUGGAGUGCGUCCUGUACAAGGCGGAGCCCAGCCUGCUGGCCGGCGCAUACGGGCCCUCGGCGCCCCCCGACAGCCUGCCCUCCACCUCGGCCGCGCCGCCGGGGCUCUACCCGGCCCUGGGGCUGAACGGGCACCAGCCGCUCGGCUUCCCGGCCGCCGUGCUCAAGGAGGGCCUGCCCCAGCUCUGCCCGCCCUACCUCGGCUACGCGCGGCCAGACACGGAAACCAGCCAAAGUUCUCAGUUCAGUUUCGAAUCACUACCCCAGAAGAUCUGUCUCAUCUGUGGUGAUGAGGCUUCAGGUUGCCACUAUGGAGUACUUACCUGUGGAAGUUGUAAAGUCUUCUUUAAAAGGGCAAUGGAAGGGCAGCACAACUAUUUAUGUGCUGGAAGAAAUGACUGCAUAGUCGAUAAAAUCCGUAGGAAGAACUGUCCAGCAUGUCGCUUGAGGAAGUGCUGUCAAGCUGGUAUGGUCCUGGGAGGUCGAAAAUUGAAAAAGUUUAACAAAAUUAAGGUUGUGAGAACAUUAGAUGUUGCCCUCCAGCAGCCAGCAGCACUUCAAGAUGAAAGCCAGUCUCUAACCCAAAGGCUGUCCUUUUCUCCAAAUCAAGAAAUACAGUUUGUUCCCCCAAUGAUAAGUGUUUUACGAGGCAUUGAGCCAGAAGUUGUCUAUGCCGGUUAUGACAAUACGAAACCCGAAACACCAAGUUCCUUGCUGACCAGUCUGAAUCACCUUUGUGAGAGGCAACUUCUUUGUGUAGUCAAGUGGUCUAAAUUGCUACCAGGUUUUCGGAAUUUGCAUAUCGAUGAUCAGAUAACCCUCAUCCAAUAUUCCUGGAUGAGUCUAAUGGUUUUUGCGAUGGGGUGGAGAUCAUACAAACAUGUCAGUGGUCAGAUGUUGUAUUUUGCACCAGAUCUGAUUCUAAAUGAACAGAGGAUGAAAGAAUCAUCGUUCUAUUCCCUGUGCCUAUCCAUGUGGCAACUCCCACAGGAAUUUGUCAGACUUCAAGUUAGCCAAGAAGAGUUCCUAUGUAUGAAAGCACUGUUACUUCUCAACACAAUUCCUUUGGAAGGUCUAAGAAGUCAAAGCCAAUUUGAUGAGAUGAGAACAAGUUACAUCAGAGAACUGGUGAAGGCAAUUGGUUUGCGCCAGAAAGGCGUUGUGGCCAACUCACAGCGUUUCUAUCAACUUACAAAACUGAUGGAUUCCAUGCAUGAUCUGGUGAAACAGCUCCAUCUCUUCUGUUUGAACACAUUUCUCCAGUCCCGUGCACUGAGCGUUGAAUUCCCUGAGAUGAUGUCAGAGGUGAUUGCUGCCCAGCUACCCAAGAUUCUAGCAGGGAUGGUGAAACCUCUUCUCUUUCACAAGAAGUGAAAUGUCUUUUCUCUUAUCCUAGAGAUGAUGCCUGGGUCAUUUUUUGUUUGUUUAUUCUGGUCAAGAUUUUGCAAUGUCAGGACUUCAGCAUAUUUGACACAACUUGCUGACUGCUUUAUACCUGUAACAUACACAAGCCAUUCAAGCUUGAUGUACAUAUUGUGAGUUCCUGAUUCCUUUACUGCAAAAAUCACAACAGUCAUAAGGAAUGUUUUGUAAACUUGUCUAAGCUGCUUUUUAGAUAUGCAUAUAAAUGACAAUUAAUAGACUUUCCAGAUUUCUAACAACAGUUAUACAUUUUUCUUACACAUUGCACAAUCUUGAAUUUCCGGUAUGAUAUGGUGCAAAAUUUUUACUUUAGUACAUUGUGUGCAUGGGUACAUGUGGGCACGUGCAUAAUAUAAGAUUUUGGAGAAAUUAAAAUAAAUAUUGCCCACAUUUUCUUAUGGAUAUUUUACUUUUUAUUACUGCAAUGCCAUAAUGAGUAACUAAUGUGUUAGGCAUACAGUAUACAUUCAUACUCUCAUCUGUGGUUGUAUUGAAACUCUUAAGUCCAGAAGACUGUUUUCUGCAGCAUUCAGUGGAACUCUUCUUCAAAAAUCAGAAAGUAUAGGAAAAUUUCGGUGUGUAUUAUAUCUGAAGUAAUGUGUGUGCAAACCCACUAAGCUUUGGUUUGUGUUAUUUUUCCUUAAAAGUUCAGCACUUACUAAAGCUAAAUCACUUAGCUGUAAUCUUAAAUUCAUCAGGUCUUACAUUCUGUAUUUCAGAAACUUUAAAUAGAGAUGUUUUCACGGACUGCAACUCUUAAUAAUCUAAAUGUUUUGAAUUCCAAUGCUGAACACUCAAUCAGCCAUUAGCAUCAAAUUAUAGUGAGAUUAGAUGCAAAAAGAAAUGGAAAAUAUGACUCCAGACAUUUUGAUGCACAUCAGACUCAUUUUAGUACAAUUUAGUGGAGCUACAUAUUUUCUAAUUUAAAAGCAUGCCAUUAUAAAUGGGGUAAUUGUAAAAAAGAAAUUGGACUAAUUAGCUUUAUACAUUCAAGAAGAAUGACAUGUUUCACAUAAAAGUGAAUAUUCAGCUGAAAAAUAUAAUGUGGUGGUGUUUGUUCCUUUGAUGUGGUUAUGAAACAACUCAUGCAUUUAAGGCAGUUAAUUGUAGAUAUAUUCAAACAGCAGAGAAAUAGAUAAACCUUAAGAAGAAAUUAUGAGUCUAUUAAAAUAUGACAAAUAUUGCCAGUCAUUAGAAAUGAUACAUAAACAUAGGAAAUGGUGAGUCUUGUUUGGGUACUUCUGGCCUUAUGCUUUUGCUUUUGCCCAUGACUUGCUAGAUGCCCCCAUUGUGUGACUGUGUCCUGCUGGUGGUCUGUAGCUUGGUCUUUACAGACAUAUCCUUGUCACAUGAAUAAAGGCCCCUGGGAUGUAAGUUCAGCAUCCCUGGCUGAAUCAGGGUGCCCCUCAUUAAAAGUGUAAGUGAUGUUGCUUGUUGGUAAAAAUUACAUCUUCGUUCUUGAAAAAAUGUGGACUACUGUCAAGCACCAGAAUGUCUAAAGGUGUCUUUAGUGGUCAUAAUUUCCUAAAGCCAAUGAAAAAGAAUCUACAUUAGAACUGGGAAUAAAAGCAUUUUUGAGAUCCCCACAUAGUAAUACAAAACCCACUAGAGCUGGUGCAAAUGCGUGACCCUAGAUGAAGUGGUAUGGACAGACUUUGGUGUUAGUUGACUAGGUUUGUCAUUUCUAACUGCCCAGGAAAGCAAUGUCUUUCAUAUUCAAUACAGUCUGACUUUUAACUGUGAUUCUUAAAGCAAUUAUGUUUAAAUAAAUAGCACAAAAUUCUUUAUUUCUACAUCCUGAAAUUUUGUUUUCUUUAUUUUGUGUUUGCAUUCAGUAAAUGUGAUGCUCAGUAAAAAAUUCCAUUUCCAUCAUUCCACUUCCAUGUAAGAACAGUAUUUCCAUGCAUUCUUUUGGAACUGAAAUAUUUCCACAUGAUUUACCACUGAGUAAGCAGACUGUCUGUUUAACUGUUUAGAUUAAACUGAUAGCAGAAACUUCCCACACUAAAAACUACUCCUCAUCAUCCUAAUUCUGAAAUUAGAAGACAGAGCAGGCAAUAUGUUUGCCUUAGGAAUGCAUGGAUCUGCUUACAUCUGCCUUUUACUCAAUCCCUAAGUGGUUGACAUGUCACCAUGUCCCAUAAAAAUGGCAGCUUAGUCUGAAAUGCACUAUAUUUGUCUCCAAGGCAUAAUCAAAAAGGAAGAAAAAAUACCUUUUGGGAAUAGAUAACAAAGCUUAAAAACAUUCUCAAAAUGUAUUUCCAAAGGACCUCUAACUCACAGAAAAAAAUGCCAAAAGUUCAUGGCCAUGAUGAAUUCACUACACAAGAUAGAAUGAUUGGGUAAUUGUGUCUGCUAUGAGUCUGAAAGU